AGGUCUAUCGAGAGAUUCUAGCGCAAGAAGUUGCGGAGGAGGCUUCAUGCUAGCUCGUCUUUGACAUCCAAGGAUACAAUUCAACACACUCAAAACCUCAAGAUGGACUUUGUGAUGAAACAAGCUUUAGGUGCAACCCAGGGCCUGCUAGCAGCUGUCUGGCAGCUUCCUGCUACCACACAGAGCAGACGUCCGACUGGAUCGAAGAACUGCUGAUCAUUUGACAGAUAAAACCAUAUUAUUUUGCCUAAUCAUCUUUUUUUGAUUUAAUUCCACACAACGCAAGUGCUCUUCAGUUGCACGAGAGCUUCUUAGAGCCACACUUUCAAUGGAGUAGUAACAGGGAGCACAUCAAAUAUCCUCCUUUCUGCUAAUGCUAACGAGGUGGAAGGAGUGGAGGAAGAAGAGGGGUCACAUCUCUGAUGUAACUGUUUUCCAGAAGCUACUGGCCCUUUCACGAAACCCGACAUAACUAUUUUUUACACCCUUUUCCCAGGUUGCAGUCUUUUCUUGAAGGCAGCAAUUGUCAACCGGUGGUCCGCGGCUCUCUAGUGGUCCGUGGCGGUACUGCAGGUGCUCCGCAAAUUUGGAAACGGAAAAUAAUUCUGCCAAACACCCGCAGCGGACAGGCUGACCUUAGCCCCAACUCAUGCUGAGCACUGAACCCAUCCCCGCCUAACCCCGCUUUCUCACCAGCUGAGUGUUAAUUUGUUACAAUCGCUUCUGUUGCAGUUGCGAGUCGCCACAGGCGAGACAAAGCCUGAUGAUAGUAAUGACGAUGACGUUGACGAGUGCUUCUACAGCCAUCACAAUGAAUACAUCUCAUACUAUAUUAUAUAGCAUACACAUGCAUUCCAUUUUAUUUCCAUUUCAUAUAUGAAUUAAACAGUGCGUUAUAUGAAUUUCUGUUACAUGCGCCAUGGAAGCAUUACAAUAUACAUUUAAGAUAUGGUAAAAUCGUGUAUGAAUGAUAUUACGUACCUAUAAUGACUGUUGCAUUUCAUGCAUGCAUACAUUACUUGCUUAAGAAAAAAUGUUACACAAACAACAUAUCUAUUCUCCAUUUCAUUAUAAUUACCGUAUUUUCCGCCCUAUAAGGCGCACCUAAAAACCUAAAAUUUUCUCAAAAACCAACAGUGCGCCUUAUAGUCCGGUGCGCCUUAUAUAUGGACUAAAUUCCUAAAUUUAAACUGGCCCAAAGCAUUGUGUCAUGAAAUCAAUCAUAAGUGGCCCGCUGAAGACUAUGAAUCAUGACUCAAAAAGACUAUGGAUCAUUAUUUUAUGAUUAUAAAGUAAUUUGUUCCGUCUGAAGUUGAAAUAAAAAAGAUAAAAUGGAGAAUGAUUUGAUUUGGAUUAAAAAUCUGACAUGAUGCAUUAAUGGUGCGCCUUAUAGUCCGGUGCGCCUUAUAUAAGGAUAAAGUUUUAAAAUGGGCCAUUCAUUGAAGGUGCACCUUAUAGUCCGGUGCGCCUUAUAGGCCGGAAAAUACGGUAUAUACAUACAUUUAACUGGUCCAUUAAUUGGGCACAGCAUGUAUGUAGUAACACACGUUUAAUAUGUCAUUCAACAUGCAAUACAGUAAAGUGGUUAGCACGUCCGCCUCGCAGUUCACACGGUGUUGGUUCGAUCCCACCUCCGGAGUUUGCAGGUUCUCCCUGUCCCUGUGUGUGUUUUUUUCCGAGCACUCCGCUUUCCUCCCACAUCCCUAAAACAUACAUGGUAGGCUGAUUGAGCCCUCCAAAUUGCCCCCUGGUGCGAGCGCGGACGGUUGUUCGUCACCUCCGAUUGGUUGGUAACUGGCGGUACAGAAAAUGCAUGGAUGGAUACAAUACUAUAAUAAAAACAACAAUCAUGUUGAAUAUAUUACAUCAUAUUAUACGUAUGUUCCACUGCAGCUCAUAAAGUCAUUUCUAGAAGGUUUGAGAUGUUAGAUGCUUUGGUGUGUUUGCGCAGGCCAAGAUUGAUAGUAUGAUGCAGUUGUUUUGUUUCUCUGCUGCUUGAUCCAUGAUUCAUACACUCAGGUGGUCCUGUAUUUACGAUCGACCCCAGUCGGGUAAUAACAAGGCGCCAUCGAUGCACCACCAAACGUGGCACAAACUGUCGUUCCUCCAUCACCUUUCACUGUCGUUGCUUCUGUCUUGGUGCUGCCGCUCAGGUGCCACCAAGGACAUGGGCAAGAUGUUGGGCGGCGAGGAGGAGAAGGACCCUGACGCGGCCAAGAAAGAGGAAGAGCGUCAAGAGGCCCUGAGGCAGCAGGAGGAGGAACGGAAGGCAAAACAUGCCCGCAUGGAGGCUGAGAGGGAGAAGGUCCGGCAGAGCAUUCGGGACAAGUACGGCCUGAAGAAGAAGGAGGAGAAGGAGGCAGAGGAGAAGGCGGCGCUGGAGCAGGCCUGUGAGGGCUCUCUGACGCGUCCCAAGAAGGCCAUCCCCAGAGGUUGUGGAGAUGAUGACGAUGAUGAUGACGAGAGUAUCCUGGAUACUGUCCUCAAGUUUCUGCCUGGCCCGCUGCAAGACAUGUUCAAGAAGUAGACCCGGAAGGAAAACUGGGGAGGGGAAGUGAAUUGGGGGGAAAAGAUGAUGCAUCUUCAGGGAGGCAUGGUCUUGCCAAGCUGUUGGAGGAUUCACGCUGCCUUUUCUCCAACUUUGUGUUUUUAUUAUUAUUUUUCUAUUUCCUGCAACAUUUUUGGGUUAUUUCAUUUGAUACUACCAGGCCAUUUGACUGGUUGGCAGUCACCUGUCACUCGGCAGACGGUAUACCAAAUCUCAAGUUGAAAGCUUUUUUUUUUUUUGUCUUCGCCGCUGAUGGAUGCGGAGAAUGUAGGUCAACAUGUUGCGUCAAAAACGAGCCAUUUGAAAGCGUAAACGGGAAAAAGAAGACGGUAUGAUCCCUCACGAACAAAUUGGCUUUUUAUUCGUUUGCUAAACUACCAAAGGUUGGGUCAACUUGAGCAACUUUGUUUUAUGUCCGGUUUGAAAGAAAGAACAGAUAAUACGUACUUUUUGGGGGCUUCUGUAAAUAUUUGACUGCAGGACUUUCUUUCCUUACAUCUUCUGUAUGAGAGUGCCAACUUUAUCGGAAUCUGUAUAACAAUUAAUUGCGACUUUUUAACAUUACAAGUUGAAGAUGUAGUGAGGUCCCCUUAGACCAGUGCUUCUCAAAUAGUGGGGCGCAGUGCUAUACCUGGGGGGGCGCGUGUGACCCUGGGGAACAGGCAUUUUUUUGGGCAGUACUAGAAUAAAGUGUAAUUGCGCCUUUACUACAGCAGGGGGCAGUGGCGCUCUCAUUGUUACUUCUGUCACGUUUGCGACAGUGCAACAUUUUACGACUUACAAGACAAGUUAGGAUAGUCACGGUGGGGAGGGGAGCCGCGAAUAGUUUUCUUCUUGCUAGGGGGGGGGGGCGUAACAGAAAAUAAUUGAGAAGCACUGCCUUAGACAAUCAACAGAAACUUAGGGAAAUUUUGCGUGGCUGGAAGGUAUAGGGGGAACGUUCAAAAUCACUUGGCCCAUAGUGACCAAAGAUCCCACGUGUUAUACACGUCAUUCUUCUUUGAGCCACCCAAAGCAAAUUAUGACAUCAAUCUGCGCUUCAGCAGUGCGUUAGUGGUUCAUUAUGGGUACAUUACCAUGCUUUAUUAGUAAAUCAGCGAUGUAUCGACGCAUAAUUGCUCCAUCAGCAAUGUCUGAGAGGUGCAUCAACGGUGUACCGGUGGUGUGUUCGGACUCCAUCGGUGAUGGUGCUUCAGAGGUACAUGAGUAUUGCAUGGCUGGUGCUAGCUAUAGUGGCGAGCAGGAAAUAUGGUAAUUACUUGAAUACGACGUGACGUUUGGACGAGCAAACACUGUUAACGUGGCGAAAGACAAAGAAGCUAAAGAGCUAAGAUGCCUAGAAGCUUAAAGUUGUCAGGACUGCAGGAAGAAGACACAACACUUUAUUGUAGUUUUUGACUAACGGUUCUAAAGGAGUAGAAGAAGACGACGAUUCGCGACGUGACUACAAAGCCAUACGCUUUUGACUUUUUGCAAUAAUUUCUUGAAUGUUUUUAUUGCAUGUGCCUUUGUGGCCAUUUAGACAACAUGCAUGUCGGAAGGAACCUUCAUUGUGUACCUGUCAAUUUGUGUCUUCUUAAUACUGAACACAUGUUGAUGCAUGCAAAACAAAGAGCAAAAUAAUAGGCUGAUACAUUUUUGUGUCUCUGUGGUUUCAGUUUGUCUUUGGUACAAUAACCAAUUGGUUGUGAGCAUCAAGUGCCCUGGCAGUUUACACAAAAGAGACACACACACACAGGAAGUUUGGUUGCAAAUUCUCAGAAUGAGGCCUUGUUGCCUCUUUGCCACGUUUGUAAAUUGCGGGGCGGGAGUGCACAGGCUAAAGAUGCUACAAGCUAACUUGUUGCAUAUUUGUCUACAUAAAUUAGCUCACCGUGGCUACAGAUUGGCUCAUCCGUUGACUUCAUACAACACUUUUGAUGACAUUCCAAAGCCUCUUUCAAAUCACACUCCCCAACGAGACCAACAUAUUAUUAUAACACUUUACCUCAAAUUUCUGUCUACCUUUAUGCUAAAAUGCUAAUUGUGAUGUUAGCUCCUGUUUCGAAAAUGAAUCAUGGCGUCGCUUGUGCUCUGACUUUCUCUGACACUUGCUCAAAUUCAUUCAAAUGUUUUGCUGUUGCAUUUAUUUGUUGGUGUGUGGUUCCUCUUCCACUUGUCACGUUUGCUAGUAUGGCCUCUUGGAUAAACCACGCGCCUUUCAAAAGGGCUAUUCCGCUACUUUUUGCAUACGCAGUCACACUUUAACGCUGACUGUCCCGUUGCGUUGUCUGCCAAAUGAUACAUGUCAUUCAAUUUGAUGUAGAUUUCAUUGUGUGUGGGUAUGUGUGUGUGUUUGUGUGUUUGUGUUUGUAUGUUUGUGCGUGCGCACCACAGCCACCUGGAGGCAGUAUAAGACAAAUAAACUGACAAGCGACAUUACGAUUCUUUGUGAAGGAUAUAAUAUACGACUGUAAGCCGGUCGGACCGUUUUUAUUUUGAGGCGGCAAUGUAUUUAAAUUUGUGUGAAAUUUUGAUUUGCAUGAGUGGACCUUAACAAGAUUAUGAAGUUACAUUUGCGCCCAUUAACUGGUAUCACCUCUUGUUCGAUGGCUCCUGCUAACAUGCUUUAGCCCAGGUGAGCUCAUUUAGCUUUUGUUAGCAUAAGAUGUUUCAAAUUAUUACGUGCUAGCAGUUUGCUCAUUGGUAUAGUUAUCAGCAUCAACUGCCAUUAUUGCUCUGAACUGCCUUUUUUGAUAUCAAGGUUUUUACUUGUCACGUACACUUUUGUGUGAUCACCAAGAAGGAAUCAAACCUAUCAAUGAGUCAUUGGUUUCUUUAUUUGGAAUUUGCUUUCAUUCAUUCAGGGUAAAAAUGAUUUCAGGUGAAUGUCAACAAUUAAGUUUGAAAAAUAAAAUCUGGAAAAUGUG